UCAAUUCGUCUUAAAAAUGGUGCUUUGCAAGGUAAUAAUACCCGAAGUUAUGUACUCUGUUGGAGUAGAGUGGGAGGGAAGUAAGCUUGCGGAAAUGCUUAUAUAAGAAUUUCUUGAAACCCAUUAUCAUCUAACUAUAAAUUGAUUGUGUUCCUGCAAGAUGUGGAGUUUUCAACCCUUGAGAAUACUUACGAGACUUAAAGGAUAUCUGCUAAACCUAACAAAAGUAAAUGAAAAGAAGGGAAAGAUCUCAAAGAGAUCCUGGAUGGUAAAAUUUUACUCUGUCCAGACAAAAGAAGACCUAUCUAAUUGGAUCUUCGAAGUGACCAGGGAAUGCUCCUUGAUUUUAUUUUAUUUAUUAUUUAUUUUUUUAUCGUGGCUAGGCAACCUCUGCUUCACAUUUGGUUCAAUACAUAUCAAGUAGAGGAAUUGAUUUGAAUUCUAAACUAAUGUAACCAAAAAUUUUUUCCAAUUAUAUUUCAAAUUAGUUCCUUUACAAUGUAGAAGGGAGUGGAAAACGAGAUCAAUGUAGACUACGUCUGAUAAAUAUGUAUAAUGCACUGUCAGUGAUAAAGUCUGAUGACCCAGAAUGGUUUUUCUUCUGCCCUCGCGAUAGAAAAUAUCCAAAUGGGCAUCGUUCUAACAGGGCCACAGAAGCUGGUCAUUGGAAGGCCACUGGCAAGGAUCGUACUAUAAAAGCUCACAAAUCAUCGUCUUCUGGUUGCUCUAAUGCCCAUUUCAUUGGCGUGAAGAAGACUCUGGUUUUCUACAGGGGUCGUGCCCCCAAGGGUGAACGUACAAAUUGGAUCAUGCAUGAGUAUC